AUGGGUCGUCGUCCCGCCCGCUGCUACCGUUACUGCAAGAACAAGCCCUACCCCAAAUCACGGUAUAACCGUGGUGUCCCUGAUCCUAAAAUCAGGAUCUUCGACCUCGGCCGUAAACGUGCUUCUGUCGACGAGUUCCCCUUCUGCUGCCAUCUUGUCUCUGAUGAGUACGAGCAGCUGAGCUCUGAGGCCCUGGAAGCAGCUCGCAUUUGCGCCAACAAGUACGUCACCAAGACAUCCGGCAAGGAUUCGUUCCACAUGCGCGUCCGUGUGCACCCAUUCCACGUCAUCCGCAUUAACAAGAUGUUGAGUUGUGCUGGCGCUGAUCGGCUACAAACCGGUAUGCGUGGUGCUUGGGGUAAGCCCUACGGCACUGUCGCCCGUGUCAACAUCGGCCAGAUCAUCCUCUCUAUCCGCUGCAAGGAAUCCAAUGCUGCUGUCAUCCAAGAGGCUCUCCGCCGUGCACGGUACAAGUUCCCCGGCCGUCAGAAAAUCAUUGUCUCGAAGAAGUGGGGCUUCACGAAUGUGGCCCGUGAGGACUACAUGAAGCUCAAGGAGGAGAAGAGAGUGGUGCAGGAUGGAGCUUAUGUACAGUUUAUUCGUGCUAGAGGCCCCUUGGAGCAGAACUUGCGUUCUCAGCUCAAAGCUUAG